AGAGAGAGAGAGAGAGAGAGGGGGCAAAGAGGAAAGGAUGCACGAGAAACGAAGAAUCCAAUUAAUAUCUCAGAAAAUUCAAUUACCCGCGAACCCCACCCACCGCGAUCUUCCGGCUCGCUCCUGAUUCCGGUCCUCUCUGUUUCCUUCUCAACCUCACCGACGCUAUCAUCCUUCUCGGCUUCGUCUCUGUUUUCCCUUAUUUUCCAUCCUUUGAUCCGAUUUGGUUAUAACAUUAACAUCUUCAUAAUUUCUUGCGGGAAUUCCCCCUUUUUUCCACGGCCCUUCUUGGGAUCUAGGGCUUUGAUUUUCUCCACUUCCGCUCGCAUUAGGUCUUUCCUUAUAUUAUUAUUUGUUUAGAUCUUUUCCUAGUGUCGGUGUUUCUUGAGUUUUAGGGUUCCGAUUUUUUGUUUAAUCCGAUUUUCGUAUUCGGGGUUUGUUUUGAAUUCCCGUUUGGAACCAGUGGGUUUCUAUUUCAUUUUCUUUUCGUUAGGUUUUGAUAGGACCAUUGUUCUUCGAAAGAGAAUAGAAAAGGAAAAAUCUUUUUACGAGGUUGAGAUGAGUAACUCCGGAGGAGUGACGGCUUUGUCGCAACCUUUCCAGUCUGGGGCGAAGCAAUACGGCGUGACGAAGCCGAUAUCAAUGGCUGGGCCGACGGCGGUUGAUUUACAAAGGACCUUGGAGUUAGAGAAGUUUCUGGUUCACUCUGGGCUAUAUGAGAGCAAGAAGGAGGAUGCUAGGAGAGAAGAGGUCCUUCAUCGACUUGGACAGAUAGUAAAGGAUUGGGUGAAGCAACUUACUCGACUAAGGGGAUACACUGAUCAAAUGGUGGAAGAUGCAAAUGCUGUCAUACUCACAUUCGGUUCUUAUCGACUAGGCGUUCAUGGUCCUGGGGCAGACAUAGACACGUUAUGUAUUGGACCAACCUAUGUGAACCGAGAGGAGGACUUUUUCUUUGUAUUGCAUGACAUUCUAGCUAACAUGGAUGAGGUGUCGGAACUGCAACCAGUUCCAGAUGCUCAUGUACCAGUUAUGAAAUUCAAAUUUGAUGGAAUAUCAAUUGAUCUCCUGUAUGCCAGUAUAUCUUGCUUGGUUGUGCCAGAAAACUUGGACAUAUCUGAUUUAUCUGUCCUAUACGAUGUGGACGAGCCUACUGUUCGAAGUCUGAAUGGAUGCCGAGUUGCAGAUCAAAUUUUAAAGCUUGUUCCAAAUGUUGAGCACUUUCGAACAACUCUCCGGUGCUUAAAACUUUGGGCUAAAAGACGAGGCGUUUAUUCCAAUGUGACUGGAUUUCUUGGUGGUGUGAACUGGGCCAUUCUUGUUGCUCGAGUGUGCCAGCUCUAUCCAAAUGCAGUUCCAAGUAUGCUUGUCUCUCGAUUCUUUCGGGUGUAUACUCAGUGGCGCUGGCCAAAUCCUGUUAUGUUAUGUCCAAUUGAGGAGAAUGAACUUGGAUUUUCUGUUUGGGAUCCUCGUAAAAAUCCUCGUGACCGAAAACAUCAUAUGCCCAUCAUUACUCCUGCCUAUCCCUGUAUGAAUUCUAGUUACAAUGUUUCAACAAGCACACUGCGUGUUAUGAUGGAACAGUUUCAAUAUGGCAAUAAGAUAUGUGAGGAAAUAGAGCUGAAUAAAGCCCAUUGGAGGCGUAUGUUUGAGCCAUACCUUUUCUUUGAAAGCUAUAAAAAUUAUCUGCAAGUUGACAUUGUAGCAGCUGAUGCUGAUGACUUGCUAACAUGGAAGGGUUGGGUGGAAUCUCGACUUCGGCAGCUGACUUUGAUGAUUGAACGUGACACUCUUGGGAAGUUGCAGUGUCAUCCUUAUCCUCAUGAGUAUGUGGAUGCUUCUAAACAAUGUGCACAUUGUGCUUUCUUCAUGGGCUUGCAGAGGAAGCAAGGGGAGAUUGUUCAAGAAGGUCAACAGUUUGAUAUACGGGAGACAGUUGAUGAGUUUCGGCAUUCUGUUAAUAUGUACAUGUUCUGGAAACCUGGGAUGAAAAUACACAUUUCUCAUGUUCUUAGAAGGCAAAUUCCAUCAUAUGUUUUACCUAAUGGUUUUAGCAAGAGAUCUCGACCAUCAAGGCCAACAGCACAAGUAGAAGAACCUGCUAAAUCAUUUCAUGUAGAUGAGGUGUAUGGGACUGAACAUGUUGAGGGAAACCGUAAGAGGAAAAAUGGGGGCAGGGUGGGUGAGAAGCAUGGUGUUGCUGUAAAAAGGCUUUCUAGUAGUCCUUACAGGCAAGAUUCAGUUUCUUCAGAUGUUUUGGAUAAGUCAUCGGAUAGCUUGGGUAGCAGUGCAAGAAGCAGAAUGUGCCAGUUUGAAGUGAACAGAUUUCAAUGUUUGGCUUCCAAUGGUUUGUCUAUUGGUGCCAUACCUGAUGGUCAAGAGUUGAGAUCUAUGGAGAGCAUUGAAUUGUCCUACAGAGGGCAAAAUGAUAUGAAUAAAGGAAUGACAUCUCCUGAACAAGAACCUGAAUCUGCAUCAAAUUCAAGUGUCAUUACAUCUGCCACAAGUGAUGGUGGUUCUUCAGAGGAUGUUGGGUUUGAAUCAGUGGCAGACUAUGGCGGGAAUAACAUGGGAGUUGAGGGGACUGUUGGAGAAGGUGAUGAGCUGGCCUCUUUGCAGGAUGUUACAUGUGGGAGAGAAUCUGUUGCACUUCUGGAGAAUGCAAUUACAAGUGGAAAAGGAUCAUUGCAGCGAUGGAACAGUACGAGUAGGAAAGGUGGUUGAUUCCAGAGGGGCAUAGAUGGCUCAAGUUGUACAGAAGCCGGAGAUAAGGAGAUUCAGUUUAACACAAAUAACAAGGGAGAUUGGAAUGUAGCAUCAACCAAGUGAAAAUGACUUUAACAUCAAUUUCUGGAUAGAUCAAAAUCUGGAGUGCGUGAGGGGGACAGCUGUGAAAAGAAGAAAAACCCAUCAAAUUCGGGUAAGUACUGAAUUUAAAUGGUGGCGUUCAUUGCUCUUAACUCUUUUCAGGCACGCUUGGCCGUUCCUGCAACCUCAAAAAUGUGGAACUUGUCAUUAGCUGAAGAACUUCCAGCUGUGACAACUCGCUACAUCUGUACAGCUCAUAAUCUUUUGGUGCAUUAUGGGAUUUACGUCCUCUCAAGAGCUGGCUAGGAUUGUCUGUGAACAUCAGUUGGUGAUCUGUCUUGUGGCAGAUUUGUGACCUUUUUCUUGUGCGAUUAGCUUUUAGUUCUAUAAUUUUUUUGGAGGGAAAAACAAGCAAAAAAGAGGGUGAGUUGGGGCUUGGCUACGUGUAGGGUUUGGGUAUGAACUAGGGAAGAUACAUGGCAGACAAGUGUUUUGUAAUUUCUGGCUUGACAUAGUAUAAUACACCGUUAUUUGACCUGUA